AACAAAAGAGUUCUUCAUUUCUUAACAUUUAAAUUCGAAAAAAGAGUUUUUUUUUUAAAAGAAGAUCAAAAUAAAGAAAACGAAGAAGAAAAGGAGGCGAGAAAGCAAGGAGAGAAAGACAGAAGAGGAAGACGAGCAACGGUUGUGCCCCAGUCACCCCCUCUUCCCAUCCCCCCCAACCCAGUGCAGCUCUCCGGGCGAUGCCAGUGUAAAUGCCAGGGCAAUGUCCCGCCGCAAGCAGGGAAACCCGCAGCACUUGUCACAAAGGGAGAUUAUCACACAGGCCGACCAUGUGGAAGCGGCGAUUGUCGACGAGGAUGAAAGCCUUGAAAUAGCGGAGCCGGGAGGCAUUAGCCUCUCUCCAGGUGGGACCGAUCCCGACUUGUUAACCUGUGGACAGUGUCAGAUGAACUUCCCCUUGGGAGACAUCUUGAUUUUUAUAGAGCACAAGAAGAAGCAGUGCAGCGGCACGCUAGGCGCCUGCUAUGAAAAGAGCCUGGAUAAAAGCAGUCCUCCCCCUUCAUCACGCUCAGAGCUCAGGAAAGUGUCAGAGCCAGUGGAAAUCGGGAUCCAAGUCACACCUGAUGAAGAUGACCGCCUUCUCACGCCUACAAAAGGAAUUUGCCCCAAGCAGGAGAAUAUUGCAGGGCCGUCCAGGCCUGCAAAGCUGCCGGCGGCUCCCAUAGCUGCCUCCUCCCACCCUCACACAUCAGUGAUUACGCCACCUCUCCGCGCUCUGGCCUCUCUCCCGCCCUGCCUUAGCCUGCCCUGCUGUGGUGCACAUACAGUCUCAGUUGGCGGGCCUCAGACUGAGAGUCAGACUGAGACUUCAGGCCCAUUUGGAUGUCAUUGUCAGUUGUCAGGUAAAGAUGAGCCUUCAAGCUAUAUUUGCACAACAUGCAAGCAGCCUUUUAAUAGCGCUUGGUUCCUGCUCCAGCAUGCCCAGAAUACCCAUGGAUUCCGCAUCUACCUGGAAACCAGUCCGUCCAACAGUUCCCUUACUCCACGCAUCACCAUCCCUCCUCCUCUGGGACCGGAGGCUGUUGCACAGUCCCCGCUGAUGAAUUUCCUGGGAGAUAACAACCCCUUCAGUCUCCUGCGGAUGACGGGCCCCAUCCUGCGCGAUCAUCCCGGCUUCGGUGAGGGUAGGAUCCCCAACACCCCUCCACUCUUCAGCCCUCCGCCUCGUCACCACCUGGACCCGCACCGCCUUAGUGCCGAAGAAAUGGGGUUAGUCGCCCAACACCCCAGUGCCUUUGACAGAGUUAUGCGUUUGAACCCCAUGGCAAUUGAAUCGCCCGCGAUGGAUUUCUCCCGGAGGCUCCGAGAACUGGCAGGGAAUAACUCCACCCCUCCCCCAGUCUCACCCAAUCGCAACAACCCUAUGCAUCGCUUAUUGAACCCCUUCCAGCCGAGCCCCAAGUCACCUUUUCUAAGCACCCCGCCACUGCCCCCCAUGCCUCCCAGCAGCACGACCCCUCCCCAACCUCAGGCGAAGAGCAAAUCCUGUGAAUUCUGUGGGAAAACAUUCAAGUUCCAGAGCAAUCUCAUAGUGCAUCGGCGAAGUCACACCGGAGAGAAGCCCUACAAGUGUCAGCUCUGCGACCACGCCUGCUCCCAAGCCAGCAAGCUCAAGCGUCAUAUGAAAACACACAUGCAUAAAGCGGGCUCCAUGACGGGCCGGUCGGACGACGGGCUGUCCGCCACGAGCUCACCCGAGCCGGGCACGAGCGAGUUGACGGGGGAGGGCCUGAAACCUGGGGAGACGGACUUCAGGAACGAGAGCGACCCCUCCCUGGGCCAUGACAAUGAAGAGGAGGAAGAGGAGGAGGAGGAGGAGGAGGACCUGGAGAACGAGAGCAGGCCCGAGUCAAGCUUCAGCAUGGACUCGGAGUUGAGCCGGAACCGAGAGAACGGGUCCAAGUCACUCCCUGACGAGAAGUCCCUGGUCCUGGGGAAAGUGAUCGAGAACGUGAGCCUGGGCGCCAUCCAGCAGUACAAUGACAUGCUUGCCGAGAAGCAGAAGAGGAGCAGCUUCAUGAAAAGGUCCGCGGACCAGCGUGACCUCUGCCCCCGAGACUUGUGCCAGCGGGACCCGGGUGACGAAGACUCCGUGGUGGGCGAGCUGGAGCGUCCGGAGGAAGGGGCUGUCAAUGGGAGAAACUUCGGGCCUAGCGAGCCCUUCCCGGGACUCUUUCCCCGCAAACCCACACCCAUCACGAGCCCCAGCCUGAACAAUUCGUCCAAGAGGAUAAAGAUAGAAAAGGAUCUGGACUUGCCACCAGCAACGAUCAUCCCUUCCGAGAACGUCUACUCCCAGUGGCUGGUAGGGUACGCGGCCUCCCGGCACUUCAUGAAGGAUCCGUUCCUCGGGUUCACGGACUCCCGACAGUCCCCUUUCGCCACCUCUUCUGAGCAUUCUUCGGAGAACGGCAGCCUGCGUUUCUCCACCCCGCCGGGCGACAUGCUGGAUGGGGGCCUCUCAGGGCGCAGUGGGACCGCGAGCGGGGGCAGCACCCCCCACAUCGGCGGGCCCGGCCCCGGCCGACCCAGCUCCAAGGAAGGGCGGAGGAGCGACACGUGCGAGUACUGUGGCAAGGUCUUUAAGAACUGCAGCAACCUCACCGUGCACCGUCGCAGCCAUACCGGCGAACGGCCUUACAAAUGUGAGCUCUGCAAUUACGCCUGCGCUCAGAGCAGUAAGCUCACCCGCCACAUGAAAACGCACGGCCAGAUAGGGAAGGAGGUGUACCGCUGUGACAUCUGCCAGAUGCCAUUCAGCGUAUACAGCACGCUGGAGAAACAUAUGAAAAAGUGGCACGGAGAACACUUGCUGACAAAUGAUGUCAAAAUCGAGCAGGCAGAAAGAAGCUAAGCUCUUCUCUGCCCCC